UUGAUAAUCACUUCCGCUUUUUUCCACGCAGGUCAAGAUUUGCGUUUACCUAGAAAGACAUUGUAGAAAGGUUUUUGUUGGUUAAAACUCACGUUUAGGAGAUUGACAGGUUGAGAUAUUUAUGGAGCAUAAUAAUGGAGAUACUUCUAGCUGGUCAAUGCAGCGACGAAUGGAAGGUUUGGUCAACAAACACAUGGCAGACAUAGCACUAGAAACACUCCAACAGAGACUAUCAGCUGUGUCCGACGAAAUGAACCAUCUUGCGGAACAUGUCUCGAGACGCUCGGAGGAUGUUCCCAAGUAUGAUAUUCCAAGACGCACAGAUGUAAACUUUGACGUUGAGUCACUGAGUGCAACAUUUAGCACGGGCAGUGUUGGGGAAAAGUUGGCGAUCCCCGGCACCUCAUCAUCAGCAGAGACGGCUGCCCAGCGUAAAAUCAUCUCCCUGCUGGUGGAGAUUAAGGAGGAGCAGCAGAGACAGUGGGGCGUUUUGAGGCAGAUGCAGGCCAGGGUUCAGGGCCAGAGCUUUCCGGUGGUAGAGGAAGAGGUGGAGGCUCUAGAUAUUGACAUCCCACUGAGGACCAUGGAGCAGCUAGAUGACACAGAGAGGCACCUGGAGGAUGCAGGAGCACAGAAGAGAAUGGUGUCUCACCUGUCACGAAUGGGUGGGGCCACGUUUGAUGAUGCGGUGCGAAGGCUCAUGCAGGCAGUGCUAUCUUUUGCUGUGGGCUCUGAGCUCAACUGGGUGGGCCGAGGACAGAAAAGGAGCUUCAGAAACACCCGCCUCCAAGGGGUUCUCUUCUGUGCUCUGAAAAGAACCCCAGUGGGCAAAGAGGCCACACAUCACCAGUUUGCAGACGUGGUGAAGAAGUGGCUGCGGUUCGCCCCAUUCAGACAGGGAGGGAGUGGUCGGCGGCAUUAUAAACCACCUGUUGACUUCCUGUGUCCAAAAGAAUGUGUAGAUCUGCCUACACAUCAGCCUACACAUCCACAAACAGCGCAAACUGGCUCUAACCCGAAGAGGAGUGGAAGGCCCCGGUGCACAACUGAGCAAGAGGACAAGUACAUUAGUGUCUAGUUUGAGAAACAGAUGCCUCACAAGUCCUCAACUGGCAGCUUCAUUAAAUAGGACCCACAAAACCCCCGUAUCAACGUCAACAGUGAAGAGGCAACUCCAGGACGCUGGCCUUCUAUACAGAGUUGCAAAGAAAAGUAGAUAUUCUAUUAAAAAUAUGCAGUUUCCAGCUACAAUAGUAAUUUACAACAUUAACUAUGUCUACACUGUAUUUCUGAUCAGUUUGGCUGUUAAUAUAGGCCAUGAACAUUGCAAUUUGUAGUAGGUCUAUGACGUUUUCAUCCUUACAAAGACGCAGGCUUCCGGGUCAUUCAGGUGACCUCUUUCUGCACAUUAUUUUUCCUAUAUAACUGUGAGUGAGUGAAUGUUAGAGACACAAAAGCAAUUUACUAUAUGUUAAAAAGUAAUGUCCAUAUAAGCUUAUUUCUUGUAACAACCAUCAUACAUUGUAAAUAUCCAUAAAUUGAUAUUUGUAAAUACAUAUUUCUCAUUAA